CUUUACUCUGUUUAUUGUCUUCUCCUAAUAAGAAAAAGUUCAAAACAAAUGCAUCUCUUUUCGUUGUUUGGUUGCUCUUUCCUUCACUUUUACUUGAUCAAGAACUGAGAUUCAAUUUAGCUGCUUCUUUCCUAUAUCUGAUCAUUUUUUCGCCUUUCCCUUCACUUUGCUAGCCCUGAAAAUGAUCAUGGGAGCAGAGGGUUUUGGUACAAAAUCUGCAAUUUCUAGGACUUAUGCAAAUAUGGGGUUGGAAGAAUAUGAUAGAGGAGAUAAAGGGCAUCCCAAGAUUCUAUCAAUUUUAGCUUCUGUUCUUGAGAAAACAGUUCAAAAGAAUGAGAAGGCAAUGAAGGGAUCGAAAGAGAGAGGUGUUGUGACUGUCUUCCAUGGCACAAGAGCUCCUGUUUUAACAGUUCAGCAGUACAUUGAGCGCAUUUUUAAGUAUUCCAAUUGCAGCCCUUCGUGUUUCGUGGUUGCAUAUGUAUACUUGGAGAGAUUUCUCAACCUGACUGAUUGUUUACUGACGUCGCUUAAUGUUCACCGGCUUCUGAUCACUUGCAUUGUCUUGGCUGUCAAGUUUGUAGAUGAUGACUGCUACAACGAUGCAUAUUAUGCAAAAGUAGGAGGAAUAACCACAAAAGAACUGAACAAACUGGAGAUGAAAUUCUUGGCAGCCCUUGAUUUCCGACUGCACGUAAGUGUUGAGAGCUUUGAUAAGUACUGCUUGCAGCUAGAGAAAGAAGCCAAUGUGAAAUUACAGAUUGAUCGAUCUAUCCGAAUAUUUGCAUGGGGAAAAGGUUUGAUAAAUAAAGACAUAUCAAGUUGUUCACCUACUGUUGGAGGAUACACUUGUAGAGCUUUCUAAGUGUAGGGAUCCAAUGACAAGCCUGAAGCUGCAGAGAAAAAUCUUCUGACUUGUGUACCUGUCUUUGCAGAACUGUGAUGGGAUUCAAAAUUAACUGCUGGUAUAUGCCUCAACUGUAACUUUUCUCUAUGUUUAAUGUCUAUAUUUAAACUAGCCAAUUCAAUAAAAACAAAAACUAAAGCCAUGAAAAAUUAAUGAUCAUCUUCUAUAAAGCAUGUGCCCAAAAUUGCACCACUCAAACAACAUCUAUUGUUUAAAACAAAGUUUCUAAGGAAUUUGACAUUGUACAAGCAA